AUGGCGGUAGAAGCUUAUCCGUCAAUUGCGCAGUGCGCGCUUGUCGCUGCGGCGUUCAAGAUCCUCUUGUUCCCGGCAUACAAAUCGACCGACUUCGAAGUCCAUCGCAACUGGCUCGCCAUCACCAACAGCCUGCCGCUCUGGGACUGGUACUACGAGCACACGUCGGAAUGGACGCUCGACUACCCGCCCUUCUUCGCCUACUUUGAGUUUGUGCUCUCCAAGGUGGCCGCCCUCAUCGACCCGGCCAUGCUCCGCAUCCGCAACCUCAACUACGCGAGCUGGGAAACUGUUUACUUUCAGCGCUCGUCGGUCAUCGUCACCGAGAUCUUCUUGGUCUACGCGCUGCAAAAGUUUGUCGACUCGUGCCACGGGCCCGCGAAGCGCGCCGCCCAGGCCGUCGCCAUCUCGAUCAUCUUGUCGCCUGGCCUCCUCAUCAUCGACCACAUCCACUUCCAAUACAAUGGCUUUUUGUACGGCAUCCUGGUGUACUCGCUGGUGCUGGCCAAGAAGCGGUCGACACUGCUGGGCAGUGGCCUCGUGUUCGCGGCGCUGCUCUGCAUGAAGCACAUUUACGCGUACCUCGCACCCGCGUACAUUGUCUUUUUGCUGCGCGCCUACUGCCUGUCGCCGAAAUCCAUCGUCCGUAUCCAGUGGCUGAACUGCAUCAAGCUGGGCGCGGGCAUGGCGGCGAUUUUGGGAGUGGCGUUUGGUCCGUUUGCGCUCACGAACCAGAUCCCCCAGAUCCUGAGCCGCCUCUUCCCCUUUUCGCGCGGGUUGUGCCAUGCCUACUGGGCGCCCAACGUCUGGGCCAUGUACUCUUUUGUCGACCGCGUCCUGAUUUAUGUUGCACCUCGCUUUGGGUGGCAUGUCAAGACAGAGGCGCUGACAAGCGUCACGCGCGGUCUGGUUGGAGACACGGCGUUUGCGGUCCUGCCUGAUGUCAGCCCUCGCACGUGCUUCAUUCUCACAAUCGUCUUCCAAGCACUGCCUCUGCUGCAGCUCUUCGCAGCACCGACCUGGGACAACUUUAUUGGCGCCGUGACGCUCUGCGGCUAUGCGUCGUUUCUCUUUGGCUGGCACGUCCACGAAAAGGCUGUACUUCUGGUCAUCAUCCCGUUUAGUCUGCUCGCGCUCAAGAACCGGCGCUACCUGAGCGCGUUCCGGCCGCUCGCCGUAGCGGGCCACGUCUCUCUCUUCCCGCUGCUGUUCACGCCCGCCGAGUUCCCGAUCAAGACCGUGUACACCAUCUUUUGGCUCGUGCUGUUCCUGCUGACGUUUGACAGCCUUGCGCCCGCCUCUACGCGUGCCCGCUUCUUCCUGUUUGACCGAUUCAGCACGCUCUACAUUGCCAUCAGUAUCCCACUCGUUGUCUACAGCUCCCUGUUGCACCAGCUCGUGUUUGGUGCGCGGUACGAGUUCCUGCCCCUUAUGUUUACCAGUUCCUAUUCCGCCAUUGGCGUUGUUGGCAGCUGGAUCGGCUUCUUAGUCGUGUACUUUACGUCGUAA